AUGGCUGCGUGGAGUUUCAACCAGGGAAGCGAGGGAGAGAGUGAGGAGUGCAGGGGCUGCAGGAAGCGGGAGAGAGCGGCUAAGGAGUAUGACAUCACAUGGAUUCUUGAGGCAGCGAUCCCACCGAGGUACUGUGAGGGGCUGCAAGGGCAACGUGGGUCUGCCAGGGGGAGCAGCAACUGUGAGUGGAUGGGUGGCAGCUGCAGCAGCAACAGCAUUCAGAAGAAGGGAAAGAAGGGUAAGGUGCCGGCUUAUCUGAAGGCGUGGCCGGGGGGGGUCAACCUGGUGGCACGUCUUCGAGAGAUGCUGCUGGGGGAGCCGUGCUACCGCCCUGCCUCCCCUGCUGCUCUGUUCGCCCCUGCUACUGCUUCCACCCAUUCUGCUGCUUCUAUGGCUUCUUGUCCUGCUGCCCCUCCCACCCCCACUAUAAUAAGCAUCAGUGCCGCUACUGCUGCUGCUGCUUCAGAUUUUCAAGGCCGUGUGUGCAGUGCUGCAGGACCCUCCCCCUCUGCGCCCCACUCCCGCAGCUUGCAGGCCAGCAGACCAUCGCCUGCUCCCACCUGCCUGCCGGAGGGGCGGGAAGUCGAUUAG